CUCAACACUCGUUCAAAUCCGACCCCUCUCCCUUUCCCAUGAGAUCUGUGACCAUAUUUAUCACCAUGAUACUCCCUUAGGCCUCAAUGGCUUCCCAAUUUCGUAUAUCUCGACACACAAGACUAACAUCAAGCCCUCACUUGGGCUACAGUAAGCGGACUUUUCCGUCUUUCCCCAGAUGGCAAACCAGCAAACCCUUGAAGGGCUAAGGUCCGGCCAAUACAAAGGCCUCAAACGUGUCAAGAUAUCAAGUGGGGUCUCCAAGUUCCCUCGAGAAAUCCUUGACCUCUUUAAUACCCUCGAGAUCCUCGACCUAUCUGGCAAUCCGCUCUCAACACUUCCUAAAGAUAUCAGCCGUCUUCACAAGCUCAAGGUUGCUUUUUUCUCAGACUGCAAGUUCACAGUUUUUCCAAAAGAACUCGCACAAUGCCGUUCUCUCGAGAUGAUUGCCUUCAAAAGCAACGCCAUGAGCACCAUUCCCGAGGGAUCAUUCCCACGAAAGCUUCGCUGGCUCAUUCUAACGAAUAACCAAAUCUCAUCCCUUCCAGCCAGCAUUGGGCAAUGCCAUCGUCUCCAGAAAUGCAUGCUCGCUGGGAACCGCCUCACGUCUUUACCUUCUGAGAUGGCGCAUUGCAGAAAGCUCGGCCUCCUUAGACUCUCAGCAAACAAACUGACCUCAAUCCCUCUCUGGCUCUUCUCCCUCCCAGAACUCUCCUUCCUCUCAUUUGCCGGGAACCCCUGCGCUCCAUCCUUCGAAGACAAUCCAGUCCUCGACAACAUCUCAUGGUCAUCUCUGUCAGUCCACCACCUCCUCGGUGAAGGCGCCUCGGGGAUAAUCUCUCAAGGAACCUGGUUCACUCUCACCUCAUCCAAUCCAAAAGCCGUAGCAAUCAAGCUCUUCAAAGGCGAAGUGACAUCGGACGGCUCGCCCAUCGACGAAAUGAACGCGUGCAUCACUGCAGGCCGCCAUUCCAACCUCAUCGACCCAAUCGGCAAGAUCCACGACCAUCCAGAGAAACGAGGUCUAGUGCUCGAGCUCAUCCCGCCUCAUUACAAGAAUCUAGGUCUCCCACCAACGCUGGAGAGUUGCACGAGAGAUGCGUUUCAUCCUCAGACCGUAUUCUCCGUUGAGAAAUGCAAGAAUAUUUUACUCGGCAUUGCGGCCGCGGCUACGCAUCUUCAUGAGAGGGGAAUCGCGCAUGGGGAUUUGUAUGCGCAUAAUAUCCUCAUCGACGAUAAAGGCCAUGCUCUACUUGGAGACUUCGGCGCAGCGACCAUCUAUGGGAAGGAGCAUGUGAUGGGAGAUAGGCUCGAAAGAAUGGAGGUCUUUGCGUUCGGGCAUCUUAUUGAGGAUCUUUUGGGGCUGGUGGAGAGGAGGGUUGUUGAGGAUAGUGUGAUGGGUGAGAAAGAUGCGUAUGUGGUUGAGGGAUUGAACUUGUUGCAUUGGAGGUGUACGGAUCCGGUUGUGGGGGAGAGACCGUUGUUUAAGGACGUUUAUGAGGAGUUGGCUGGGCUUUGAUAGAUGGGGAACUGGAUUGGCGCCAUAGAGCGGGUUGCAUUGGGUUUUGCGAGAUUAAUUAUUAGAUUUCAUUGAUAUUGCGUAGAUAGAUAGAAUGCAAUAGAUUUCGUCUUUUCAGGUUCGAUUUUGAUAUCGUUAUACUGGGC